CCCGUCAUCAUUUUGCAGUAUCCAAUUUUCUACUCUGCAUCUUCUCUCUGCAUAGAUUCUCUCUCCUCAACUCUUCUUUUCGAUCUAAUUCAAUUAAUCGAAUCCGUCACAAUGACUCCCAAGAUCGCUAUCAUCUAUUACUCGAUGUACGGCCACAUCGUCAAGUUGGCUGAAGCCGAAAAGAAGGGCAUCGAAGCCGCGGGCGGCAAAGCCGACAUCUACCAGAUCGCCGAGACCCUCCCAGAGGACGUCCUGACCAAGAUGCACGCCCCCGCAAAGGCUAGCCACCCCGUCGCCACAGUCGAUACCGUCAAGGACUACGACGCCGUGCUCUUCGGCAUCCCCACCCGAUACGGUAACUUCCCCGCCCAGUGGAAGGCGUUCUGGGACCGCACCGGUGGCAUCUGGGCCUCGGGCGGCUACUGGGGUAAGUACGCCGGUCUGUUCGUCUCGACCGGCACCCAGGGCGGUGGUCAGGAGUCCACCUGUUUGGCGGCUAUGUCGACCCUUGCCCACCACGGCUUCAUCUAUGUGCCGCUUGGAUACAAGACUGUUUUCCCUCUGCUGGCCAACUUGGAUGAGGUCCACGGUGGUAGCGCUUGGGGUGCGGGUACUUUUGCUGGCGCCGAUGGUUCCCGCCAGCCUACCCCCCUGGAGCUCGAGCUCGCCGAGAGCCAAGGCAAGGCCUUCUACGAGCACGUUGCUCGUGUGAACCACGCGUGACUACAUGAUAGCAACACUGCCACUGCGGCCGGCUCGUCCUCCCAGCCCCCACAAAAACAACAAAACCAGCAAAACCAACAGCAGCAACAACCCCCACAGAAGAAUGGCCCGAGUGGAGAGCAGCAGGCGAGCCGUGCGGCGAAGAGCGAGGAGGGGGGUCCGUGUGGAUUGCCCAAGAAGUGCACCAUCCUCUAAUUAUGCCAACACGCUGUCAAACUCUCUUAUAUCUUAUACUCGGUGUGCUCAUGAUGGGUGUACAUCUAGAUCUUCUUAAAUAAUGAAUGAAUGCAUAUGAUCAAAAUUUUCAAGCCCUACCCGUGGUGAUGCGUAGGAAACGAGUAUAUCAUAUGUCAACUAGAAUGAC